GGGAAACGUAAACGGGAAAUGAACGGAAGCCGCUUGAAUGCCUUUGGUGGCACAGCUGUUCCCGUCACCUCUUCGGCCAAUGAGGAAAGCGUGUGCGAUGUAUGCCAUGGCUCUGGCACUUCGUUAAACAUAGUGCAAUGCGAUGAAUGCCACCUAAAUUAUCAUUUUGGGUGUUUGGAACCUCCACUUAAAAAGACGCCCAAACGACGUGGUUAUUCAUGGCACUGCGCCGACUGCGACCCAACGGAUGUAGAAAAUUGAACGAAAGCUGCGAUUUUUAUUCUUACUCCCAUUCGAAGGCAUGGUUCGUGGCGAGUAUGGAAUUAAGCGAUAUAGAUGUAGAAAAUUACACGAGCACUGCGUUGGAUUGCCAUUUGACGGUACAGCUCGCUGCGAGUAUGGAAUUAAAAGAUAUGUGGAAGAAGGCCGUUAGUUGCUUUGGUUGUAAAGAGGAAAUCAAGGAUAAGAUGUUGGAGGCUCUCGGCAAGAGCUGGCACCCAGAGCACUUUGUGUGUAAAGAGUGCAAGAAACGUAUUGCGGAAAAUAAGUUCCACGAAAGUGACGGUUUGCCGGUGUGCUCUAAGUGUUUCGAAUCAAAAGUUCAGGCUAUCUGUGCUGCCUGCCGCAAGCUGGUAACUGAGAAAGUGGUUAAAGCAAUGGGUAAGACUUGGCACCUGGAACAUUUCAUCUGUGGUGGACCUUGCAAGCAGCAAUUGUCUGGUAAAACUUUUUUCGAGCGCAAUGGCAAACCCUAUUGCACUACGGAUUACGAACGUUUAUACGCUCCCAAGUGUGGUGGCUGCAAGAAACCGAUUGCCGAGAAGGCUCUAUCGGCCCUGGAGAGCAAGUGGCACAAAGAGUGCUUCAAAUGCAAGCUUUGCAAGGAACCGAUUGGUGCGGAUGCUAAAUUUCGAGCUGAUAAAGAAAAACAGCCAAUAUGUGAAAAGUGUGGCGUGUGAGCAAGUUUGAGCGAUUUGUUCUUGCUUUAUGAUUCGUGUUUUGCUUAUGCAUUUUGAUUGAAUGAGUUAUGGAGAACGACAGGAUAUGCGGGCAUUAUUGUAGGCCAGCUUAGCAUUGAGAAAACAUUUGCGUUUCUACAAACGUUACAAUACAUUACAAAACAAAUUGUUAUUUGUGAAUUUGCGUUUCAUAAUCUCAAUUGAAAUAUAAAAUACGCAUAGAUGUGAACUUUAGUCGGAAAUCAACUAAAGGAUAAAAUUCAAAGAAAUAAAAAACUAUAUACUUUUUCACUGUUAACAUUGAAACUGGGCAAAAUAUGUGAUAAAAACACACCAGAAAUGCCAAUACACGAGAGAUUGCAAAAAAACGGAUUUUGAGUAGUUUUGCUGCAAUAAAAAAAUACGGAUUUUGAAUAGU